AUGCUCACUUGUGAUCCAGCCAACGUAUGUUCAGACGACCUCGAGGUCUACAUUGCCGAUGAGCUGGAACUCGACUUUCCAUGGGCAGAAGAACCCUCGUUCGAGUCUUCCUACAGCACCGAAUCAGAAAACUCCCAUCACGACUCGUCUGAAGAUGUUGGGCUGGAUACGAUAGCCCAAGAUCUGUCCUGCUUUGCACUUGAUGAUUCCGAUGGCGGCGGCCGGGAUGAAGAGGACAGGGUCGACCCCAGGGAGAUUGAGCGACCAAGGGCACCACUAUUCAACGGAAAUACGGAUAUCGGUGAAGAGGAUGACGAAGAGGAUUUUGGCGAACGCGAGAGUUCACGGCCCGAUAUUUGGAUGGACAAUGUGCCGUAUAUCGACGAUGCCGAGUUCGAAAUGAUGGUGUGUGGAGGAAAGGAUGAAGGUAGGUGUCUUGUUAUUAUUGUCUGGGAGGUUCGUUUGGGGCGCAAAGCUGAUAUAUUACUGGAAGAUCUAGAUCAGCCUUCGAAUCAGCACCAUCCCUCGGGAAAGGAGACAAUUACUAGUUUAAAGAGAUCAAACGGAGAUGACGUAGUGAUGGCUGAUGAUCCAUUAGACCUCGAGGCAUUACUCCAAAAGGUUGCAUACGGUCGGUAUAACGUGGAAAUCCUAUUCAUCCCUUUUCGAAAGGAAUGGAAAGAUGCAUAUGAGAGGAUUUCCAAGCAGUCUUCGAGACUCUUUUACAAUCCUCAAGUUCUUCUCGACAUCGACAGCUCCACUUUCAAGCCACAUUCUGGCAAUGAUGUGCUCGAAAAGUCGACGCGAAAAAGAGGCAAGAGGAAAGAGGGUCUAAGAGUGAGACUGCUCUCGAAUUCCUUGCAAAAUCGAGCGCUAGAAGAGGGUCACAAAACAUACCCUCCAUCCUUCUUGACCUCACCGGCCAACACGGUGAGGGCAGUGGAGAAAGUUCACACCGCGAGACCCGUCAGUGGACACGAGCUCAAAAUUCUAGAAAGCCUUUAUGAUCUUGAUAGACUGUAA